AUGACACCCAUCUCGCGCGUAUUGUCCCGUGCGGUCAAUAAACCAUACAGAACGAAAGAUCUCACAGAUGAGACUCCGCCUACUCUUGAUGAGGAUGGAUACGUUAGCUUUGGUCCGGGGGAUAUUGAGAACCCUCGGAAUUGGUCGAUGCGCCGUCGAGCUGGUGUGACAAUGGCUGCGGUGCUUCUAGUUGUGAAUGCCACUUUCGCCUCGAGUUCGCCGAGUGGAUGUUUCCCAUCAAUCGCUGAGCAUUUCGAUAUUUCCAACGAAGUUGCAGGCUUGACGAUUACCCUAUUCCUGCUAGGGUAUUGUGCUGGGCCGUUGAUUUUCGCUCCGCUGAGCGAGUUCUACGGUCGCCGAUGGAUCUUCUACAUUACCUUUCUGCUCUAUCUUGUCUUUAACUUUCUAUGUGCAUUCCCGCCGAAUUUUGGAAGCUUGUUGGUCGGGAGAUUUUUGACGGGAACGUUUGUGUCUGCCCCGUUGAGUAACUGCCCAGGUGUUUUGGCCGAUGUAUGGAAUCCGCUGGAGCGUGCCAAUGCGAUGGCUGGUUUCUCGGCGAUGGUCUGGAUUGGGCCAGCACUCGGACCUGUGGUAGCAGGUUUCCUCCAGUUGAAAGAGGAUUGGAGAUGGAGCUUCUAUGUGCUUCUCUGGCUCGGUGGAGCAUCGGCUGUCAUAAUGUUGACGAUUCCCGAGACUUACGCGCCGAUUGUCCUGUAUCACAAAGCACGACGGAUCCGCGAUGCACAGAUACCCGGAUAUGAAAACGUGAAAGCCCCAGUUGAGGACAGUGAUCGGACACUCGUGGGCAUCUAUAAGGUUGCUCUGACUCGGCCAUGGAUUAUUCUGUUCGACCCGAUAUCCUUGCUGUGCGCAAUUUACCUGGCGUUUGUCUACACGUUGCUUUACAUGUUGUUCACCAUAUACCCCAUCGUGUUUCAGGAGAGACGGGGCUGGAACUCUGGCGUUGGGGAGCUGCCGUUGCUAGGAACCGUUGUGGGUGCUCUAUUCGGCGGUGCUAUUGUUUUAGCAGACACUCGGAUGCGUCAAAAAAAGGUCGACAACGGUACAACUAAGAUGGAAGAUGCUGAGCCAGAAGACCGUCUACCGUUGGCGAUGGGUGGAGGCAUCGCCUUUGCCGCAACCAUGUUCUGGUUCGCCUGGUCGGCCGAGUUCAACUCUGUCCAUUGGAUUGUACCAACCCUUGCUGGAGUUUUUCUGUCGAGUGCCCUGCUGCUCAUCUUCGUCGGGUUUCUGAAUUACCUCGUGGACGUUUAUCAGAUGUACGCUGCAUCUGCCAUUGCUGCGAACACGAUCGCUCGUUCUGCCUGUGGAGCGGCAGCACCACUUUUCACAUCCCAGAUGUUCGCGGCGUUGGGUGUGGGAGGAGGAGGCAGUUUGCUCGCGGGUGUUGCCACUCUCCUUGCCGCUAUUCCCUUUCUGUUCUAUAAGUAUGGGAAACAAAUUAGAAUGCGGAGCAAAUUUGCCCCGGCUAACAAACAGGAACGGCCUGUGGAAGAGGAUAAGGAUGAAGAGCGUGGACUGGCAGAUGGAACUGUCGGCAGUAGUGUCUUGGGGGCGCAAUAG